UUGAGGAGUACACAUUCAGGAGAGAAUGGGGUGACAGGGAAAGGAUUACGAAUGUGAGAGGAGCAAGAAUGUACAAAAGGAGGAUUGAAGGAGUGGUGGCAGGUUGCACAAGGUGGGGGGUAUGCAAGGUGAGACUAUGAAGAGACAUGGGGGAAUUCCCAAGGGAUGAUGUGGAGGAUGACUUGAGGUUCGAUGGGACCAAUCUGGAGGACUUUGUUGAGAGCUUGCAGCUGACCGCUGAGAGGGGCGAAUGGAGCGAGAAGGAAAAGCGAAAGCAGUUGAUCGCGAGAUCAGACAAAGGCGAAAAAGAGGAAGUAAGAGAAAUUGUGGAAGGGAGUCGGACCUUGAAAAGGAUAACGGCAAAAUUAUGGAUGACCUACACCCAGGUCAGGCAAGAUCGGAUAAAGAAGGAAAGGCUACAAAAGAAGGGGCUAUGGAUUGGAAGAGAAGUGACUGAGCCACAGGGGAAGGAGAAAGAUAAUGAAGAAGAGGAUAAUGUACCUCUGAAGAAGUUGAAGAACAAGGCGAGAGUCUCCCCCAAAAGCAGCAGCAAGGAAUCUGAGCAGGCUGAGGGAGAUAAACAGGAAGAGGAGGAGGCAGCAGAGGAGAGAAAAAGAAGCAUGGGGGUCAGCAUGGUACUAAGGAAGAAGAAACUUGGAAAGAAAAGGGCAAUUGAAAGUGGAAGGAAAAAGGUACAAGAAAGGGUGAGUGAAAAAGGGGAAGGAGUAGAAGAAGAUGAAGAAGGAAAGGAGGUCUAGGGAGGAGGCGAGGCUCCCAAAGUCAAGAGAACUAAGGAAAAAAGGCCGAUUGGGGACAAGGAAGAGACAAGUGGGAUAGGAAAGAAGGAAGAUGAGAAGGAUGGCCAGGUGGAGAAGUUGAUGAGAGAUAUGAAAGAAAUGAGGAAGGAAGUAAGGGAAUUGAAGGAAGAGAAGGAGAAAUUGCAAAAAGAAAUGAGCCAAUUGAGGGCCACCCUGAAUGUGCAGAGCAGAGAACUGGAAGAGGAAGUGGCCACAAGAGGUAAGAUGAAAAUAAGGGUGGAUGGUCUGGUUUCUGAGGUCAGUGUGCUAGGGCAGAACUUGGACAAUGAAACCUCAGAAAGAAA